CGCGCUUGAGUUGAAUACCACGUCCAUGUCUGAUUUAGCUCGCACGGCGUCCCCAUUAUCUUCCUCUCCGGGCCGCAGCGACGCGAAUUCAUUUGACAAGCCUGCCUGGCCGUGGCAGUCUCGCUACUCGCGCCGACAGUCGAGUUCGCUGUCAGCAGUUUCCUCAAGCUCUAAUCUUCAAACGCCGUGGGAGGGCCGACCGGGCUCGAGCCAAUCAGGGACGUCUUAUUCGGGCGGGGGCUCGUGGCAAUCACAAUCCACCAUGAGGCAGAGUCAGCAACGUGACAUCGGUUCUGCGGUAGGAUUUGGGACAGUACAGGAUGAAUCUACUCGACAGUGGACUUUCUUGGGUUUCGAAUGGGUUGUCCGAGACGUUCACAAGCUCCGGGAAUUUCUGGAAGGCGUAGAGCCUGAGGUGGUCGAAGAUGACGCUAGUUCCAGUGUUGGCCCGGACAGUUUUGAUAUCCUCAAGAAUGCGCCUUUGAUCGGAGAGAGCGAGUUCAAAUUGGAAAUCUCUCACAUUCAACCUGCUGAGCAUGAGAACAAGCAUUCAUCUCUGUCGUUGUAUAUCACUUCCCUGAGAGACUUUGCGCACAACUACGAGAUGAACGCCAGCAUCAUGGUGGCCAUCAAGUCACAGGACGAUCGAGUCGGUGCGCGUGUCGAAUGGGUCUGGGACUUUUGGCAGCAUGAAUGGAUAUUCCGACGUGAAUCAGAAGUUUGGGACUGCAUUCUUCCGCCAUUGUCAGCCCUUCUCGAGAAUGACAGGAUUCAGAGAACGGAUGCCUUCACGAUAUGCGUUCAAAUACACUCUCCGAUCGGAUCUUUCUUUCCCUCACAGCCGACCGCAUACUACGUGCCACGAGAUCUUCUCGACGGCAUCGAGUCAUCUUUGGAUAACGCCAACACGGGGGAUGUUCGCUUUGUAUGUCUGGAACGAAUGGCCCUCGAUUCCGACAUUCCUUCGACACCGAUCUCAGAGAAUCGCACGCCUCCUUCAAAUCCUCGUCCCUCAUCCUCUCAAUCCCUGUUCUCACCUCAGACGACUGCGCGCAAGCGCAUCAUAUAUGCUCAUUCAGAUAUUCUGAGCCGGCGUUCAGAAUACUUUGGAACUAUGUUGGCGUCUUCAUUUGCAGAAACAAAAGGCAUCACUGGUGAUAGGAAGCUGUACACUAUCGUCGUAGAAGAGGCUGACUUUGAAACGAUGUAUUGGCUGCUCAAGUAUUGCUACGCCAAUUGGCUCUCGUUCAAGGAACACGAUGAUCCUAGACUGGCUGUAGAAGGCAUCGGAGCAGGAUGGAGUGCCAAGUGGCUCAGUUCUCGUGGAGGGGACUGGGACUGGAAGACCUUCCGUAAGGUGUCGGGCGACGGCGAGAGCACUGUUGGAGAUGCCAGAAGCGCUACGAGCGCGGAUGAUGUCAUUCAAGAACCCAUUUCCCCGUCUCAUGGAAAAGGCAAAGCUGCCCUAGUCCCGGAGCCUGCAUCCACGUCCCGCUCAUCAACUCAGGCCCCGAAAAGCGCACCAAAAGUGAUUUCUAAUUCUGCUAGCUCUUCUCGCCAGAACCCUUCAAGUUCUUCCCGACGGAUAACUCAGCCGCCAGGCCCAAACAUGGGUCUCACUUCCUCAGGCGGUAUCACACGAUCAAAACCGAUAGCCGUGGCAACCGGAAGUCCUGGUGGAUUUCCUGCUGCUGGGCAUUAUCCAAUAUCUCCACGGAACGUGCGGUCUCAUCAGUCUCUGAGCGUCACAACCGGGGAUCCACAUGCGCACCCAACUGCUGCACCGCCUUCUGCCUCGGCACUCUCUGUGUACCAGCUUGCUCAUCGAUACGAGAUGCCUGCGUUGGGUGCUUUAGCUCUCGAUCACAUGAUGUCUACCAUUACCCCUUCGUCGUCCUUUGGCCUUCUAUUAGCCACCUCAGUCUGGGACGAGUUGCAUUCUCUUGUUCAAGAUUACGUCGUGGAUAAGUGGGAAGAAGUUUCUUUGUCUGAGGAGUUCGAGCAGUGUUGUCGUGAGAUAUCUGCUGGAGAAUGGGGACCAGAGGGUGGGAAGACUCUUAUGGCCUUAUUCAGGCGCUUGCGCUCGCCUUCCGCACUGGCUUAUGCUCGUACAUAGACCGUGAUCCGGUUGUAUUUCUAGACAUGAACUAUCUGCGCUUUUC